AUGGAGACGCCUACUCGAUCACCAGCGCGCAAGGCGAUGUCCUUGGGCGGCCUCGAUGCCGACAAUCUUCUGCUCCUGGGCUCGCCUUCCUCUUUAGUCCCGCCUCCCUCGGCUUCAGAGGCCGAUCUCACCCUCUUCAUCGAAUCGCCCGAUUUUGAUCCACACACGAGCCCCAGGCGCCUCCGUUCCGAGCUCCUACGCGCGGCGCGGGAGCUAUCCUCGCGUGGCCUCUACGCGGCUUCGAAAUGGGCCGUGGAGCAGGUCAUGGGCAUGCCUGAAGAAGAUGGAGGUCAUGAUGGUGAAGAAUGCGAGCCCAGUGGCAUAAUCGAUGAAGAGGAGGCUGCAAAGGAGAAGAAGGAGGAAGCGAGGCUGCUGCUGGCCAAGAACCACUUCGAUCUCAAGGACUACGGCAAGGCCGCCCGCAUGCUCGAGCCACGAUCCUACCUCGACGAUACCGACGCCUCCGAGCUCUCCCUCCGUGCACUCUUUUUCUCGUGCUACUCGCUCUACCUGGCCGGUGAGAAGCGCAAGGAGGAGGAGACCGUCGAGCUCGCUGGGGCGGAGGGUUCGACGGUGCGCAACGCCAAGCUCGGUCUCUUGCGACGACGGCUGGCCUCGCGCUGCGCCAUGGGACCGCUCGACGGCUUCUGCUCUUACAUCUAUGCGAUCGUGCUGCGCGAAGAGGGCCAAUUGGACAAGGCACGCGAUAUGCUGGCUGAGUCCGUGCGCGCCUACCCCUGGAACUGGAGCGCGUGGCUCGACCUCGCCGCACUGCCGUCCCUCUCCUGGGAGCACAUCGCCAGCCUCAACCUCCCCCACCACAUCAUGCGGGAUUUCUUCUACGCGCAGGCGUGCCUCGAGUUUCAGCAGGUGGGCGUGUGUCUGCGGAUCUACGACGUGCUGGCCUCAGUCUUCCCGCACUCCGACUUUUUGCUCGCCCAGCGGGCCAUCGCCAACUACCAUCUGAGAGAAUUUGACGAGGCAGAGGCGCUGUUCGAGCAGCUGGAGAAGAAGGACGAGUUCAGCGUGGAGAACAUGGAGUACUACAGCAACAUCCUCUACGUCAAGGAGAACCACGCCAAGCUCUCCAUCCUCGCACACAAGGCCCACACCACCGACAAGUAUCGCGAGGAGACCUGCUGCAUUAUCGGCAACUACUACGGACUGAAGGAGGAGCACGAGAAGGCCGUGCAGUAUUUUUCGCGGGCGGUCCGGCUGAACCCGAAGUUCCUGUCGGCCUACAUCCUCAUGGGCCACGAGUACAUGGAGAUGAAGAACAUCCCCGCCGCCGUCCGCGCCUACCGCAAAGCUGCCGAGAUCAACAGUCGCGACUACCGCGCGUGGUAUGGGUUGGGCCAGACCUACGAACUGCUGAAGAUGCCCCACUACGCCACGUACUACUAUCAGAAGGGCAUCACACUCCGGCCAUAUGACGCCCGGAUAUGGUGCGCCAUGGCAGCGUGCUAUGAGGAGGUGGGGAGGGUCGGCGAUGCCAUCAAGUGCUACGAACGUGCCGAGUCCUACUCCGAAGGCGAGCCGAUUGCGAUGAACGUGUUGAACGCGUUGGCCAACCUGUACCGCUCAUUGGGGCAUCACGACCAAGCAGCGCAUUACUAUGCGAAGAACAUCCAGCGACAAGACAGCGAACAGCGCGAGGGUCUGGACACGAUCGAAGCACUGCUCUACCUGGCGCACUAUUGGAAGGAGCUGGGUCAAAUGGCUGAAGCAGAGCACUACUGCCUGCGCCUGUUGGACUUUGCGGGCAAGGAAAAGGAAGAAGCAAAGGCGCUGCUGCGCGAGAUCCACAGCACACAGCAGGCGUACACAGCAGACACCAGCCUCAACUCGAGCUUGGAGGAUCUUGGUGGUGAAGAUCCCAAUGAUGAAUAA